AGAAGCGCCACUUUCAUGCCUCUGCUUGUGUGGGACAGCGAGGGAAAGCGGGCGACAGCGCAUCACCACAGCAACGGGCUGCUGGAGCCGCUCACGUGGCCUCGGCGGGAGCGCGCCGAUGACGUAUUUUGGGCGCGCGGGGCAGCGCGAGCUUCCCUUCCGAGCUGUCGCUGCUCGUCUCCCCUCACGGUAUCGGCGAGAAUGGCGGUGCCGGCUCCCCAGAAGCGUUAUUAUAGACAGCGCGCUCACUCCAACCCGAUGGCCGAUCACGCCUUCGAUUACCCCGUUAAGCCUGAGGAGAUGGAUUGGUCUCAGUACUACCCUGAAUACUUCAAGCCACUUUCUGAGAAAGAUCAUCACGAUGAUGAGAAAGAUAUGACCGACAAAAAUAAUUUAAAGUUUCAGGUGGAAUUUGCAGACAUUGGAUGUGGCUAUGGAGGCCUACUGGUUGAGUUAUCUCCUCUCUUCCCCAAUUCCUUAAUUCUGGGGUUAGAAAUCAGAGUGAAGGUAUCUGACUAUGUCAUAGAUCGUAUCAAAUCCCUCAGAGCUUCAAACCCUGGAAAAUAUCAGAACAUCGCUUGCAUCAGAAGCAACGCAAUGAAGUAUUUACCAAACUUCUUCAAGAAAGGACAGCUGAGCAAGAUGUUCUUCCUUUUUCCGGAUCCACAUUUUAAAAAGACGAAGCACAAAUGGAGAAUUAUCAGCUCAACAUUGCUGGCUGAGUACGCCUACAUUCUGCGUGUAGGGGGUCUGGUCUAUACCAUUACUGAUGUGCAGGAAGUACACGAGUGGAUGGUCAAACACUUCACUGAGCACCCAUUGUUUGAAGGUGUACAACUAGAGGAUCUGAAGGAUGACAUCAUUAUUGACCGUCUGGGUGUGUGCACGGAAGAAGGUAAAAAAGUAUUGCGGAAUGGCGGACAGAAUUUUACUGCAGUAUUCCGACGAAUUGAGGGAAAAAACCUGAAGCUGACAAAUGAAGGGGAAAAGUCCUGAGGAGAGCACUUCUGGCCUUGAUUUUACAAAGACAGUUGAAAGGCACGUUGCUCAGUUGGACAAUACUGGGUGUCUUGUUUUAGCCUCAGCCACUGGGCCACUGCAUUGAAGAAUGCGCCAUCUCUUUUUUACAAAAAGCAUAAAGCGAGACAAAAUAAAUCUGAGCAAGUUUUAAUAACU